GCGCGCUCUCAUUACGUACGCCUCCGGUGUGCCGCAGGUGUAGGCCUGGUCCCACCCACAAGGCAAACACAUGUCAGGCAGAGAAACUGCAGCUCGUCAGUCGGCAGCAGAUCACCGCAGAGGGAGCGUUAACAGUUUCCAGAGUUCCAGAGAAACAGAGAGGACUUCCCUUCUUCUGUGGACAAACUACGGCAGCUGAUAGAAGAUAAAGCUCACAUUCUGCAGUCACCCGUCACUGAGGGCUUGACGUGUGAGGACAGCACUGGAAGAGAAGGACUGUGGAGGUUUGCCGUUUUGAGUGAGGAGCUGACCUUUGACCUCCGGCGGCUGCAGAGACAGACCGAGCAGGAGAUCAGUAACAUACACACACAACUCUUUCAGAUUGAAGGCCGUCGGCAGCUGCUGACCACUGAGCUCUUUAACCUUCAAGAGAGGAAGAAACAGACCGAACAAGAGCUGAGGAGAAGCUCCAGCCUUCAGACGUCCACUUUUCAGUUGUGUGCUUGUCAGGAGCUUCAGGCCUCCAUCACCAAGGGUUUGGUCCAGUCAGAGGGGCUGGUGUUCCAGGAGGAGGCACUGUGCACGCUUCGUAACCUGCUCACCCAAGACCUGCAGAGGUAUCAGGAAGAGAUCCAGAGGCUGACCCGCUUCACACAGAAAAUACUCCAGCAGUCCCACAGGUCAGGCAGAGAGGAGGCCUUCACUAAGAGACGGAGUGACCACAGCAUGCAGGGAAAGAACGAGACAGAACAGGACAACAACAUGCACACACCUGAGUCCUCUUCCUCCCAGUCACCACUCACUCCUCACCAAGACACCAAUGAAGAAGAGGCAGACCAGGCCUGGAGAACCAGUCCUAAGAAACCACCUGCAGGCCUUUAUCGUAGUACAAACCUGCACCGAACUGGAAGCGUCAAAGACCUGAUCAAUAAAUUUUCUGGUCCGGAUCAUGUCUCUCCUUCUGGUUCGCCUCAAAGUCCUGAUUUUGGAGUAGGACAACCCCUGAAGUCUGCUUCUACAGAGGCUCUCGAGUUUCAAAAGUCCAAGUCAAGUCCAUCCACACCCAGUAGUGUUGGACCAGUUGAGAGUCCAGUUCCCAGCAUCACUGUGACUCCUCCACUCAAACAGUCAGGUCCAAGAGGCACCAAAAGUAGUCAGAUCACUGCGAGAAUUGAUUGUCCAGUAGGAGGCAGAGCCGAGAGCACUGACUCACAACCGAGGAGCAAAACCACAGACUCUGGCAGAGAGUCAGUGGCUGACUCUGGAAUGGGAUCGGAGUCUGAGUUUGAUUCAAACAAGCAGCCGGACAGCCCAUCAGAGGAGGAGCCCACCACACCCAGAGUCCUGCCAACAAGCCAGAACCCGAAAUAUCAGCUGUUCCUCAACAACGAGCUGAGAACCAACGGGUUGAGUGGCAGGGAUGCAGAUGGUCCGGGAAGCAGCGGGUCAGUCGGGGAGAAUGGCCCCAGGCUGGCCCGAUGGGAGACCACCCGGCUGGGGCUAAACCACUAUAGAGGGUCCCUGGAGUCCCUAGCCUCACGGGACUGGGACACUACGUCUGACAGGGUGGGCGUUGUUGACAGUCCUCCCAGAGUGUUCAACAGUCCGUACGCCUCCAUGGAUUUCAACCCCAUGUAUCGAACGUCAGAGUUCAAGGUUCAGGGUGGACUGUCUCCUGCCACGUCAGAGAUGAACCUGUUCAGCUACAACAGUCGCAGCACCAGUCCUGUGGGCGUAAUCACUCCCACCCUCAACUCCCCCCGCCCCCGAUUCUCCACCUACGACACUCUGAGGAGGAGGCCCGAGGUCAACAACACGCUUCCACAGGUGAUACCCACCCACUACAGCAUGCGCUCUGCCACUCUGGGAGCACCCAAUAAAAAGAACUACAUAGAAGAACUGACCAAACAGUUGGACGCCUGCCAGAAGCGGAACCAGUUCCUGGAGGCGGAGAGCGUGGAGAUGGAGAAGGAGAGGAACCAGAUCAGGUUUGAGAUGCGUGGUCUUUUGGUAAACAACGAGGACCUGCUCAGGACCAACACUCAGCUGACCAAUGAGCUGAAGAGGAUGAGAGAGCAGAUGAUAGAGAUGGAGAGAGAGAACCAGUCCAUGGGAGAGAGAUACAGAGAGAUGGAGAUUGAGGUGAAGGAGGCCCGGGACAUGAUGGUGGAGGCCAACACUCAGGAGUACGCCUUCAACUUCCUCCAGCAGUCCCUCAAAAACAAGAUCCAGGAUGCAGAGGAGAACCUGGAGAAGCAGACGCAGCACGCUCAGAGUCUGGCGGAGAAGCUGUGGCUGGCAGAGAGACAACUGGAGGAUUUGGAGGUCUACAAAGAAACUAAAGACAAGAGGGUGACUGACCUUAACAGCACCAUCCUCAGACUGGAGACGGAGCUGGGCGAGGCCCUGCAGACGUCCACGCAGGCUACAGCAGAACUGAACCUGCAGCAGAAGCUGCGUGAUGAUGCCCAGCUGAGGGUGGAGGAGCUGGAGGAGUCUCUGCUGGAGAAGGACCAGGAGCUGCAGAGACUGCAGACCCUCGUCAGCCGACUGCAGGGAGAGGUCUCUGGGAAGCUGAUCGAUAAGGAGAGGACACUAGAGGAGGAGAUCCAGCUGAGAGAGAGGAUACAGCUGCAGUGUAAGCAGGCGGAGAGGACAGUAGACGACCUCCACAUGGAGCUGCAGAGCACAAACCAGUCCAGAGAUGACUUGAGCAAACAGCUCAAACAGGCUCAGGAGCAGAUCAUUGACCUGGAGAGCGAUCUGGAGGAGCUGCACGACAGCGAGCAGAGAUGGGCUGCCAAACACAAGAGAGCUCUGGAACAGACGGAGCAGCUGCAGCUGAAGCUGAUUCAGGAGAAAGACCUGAACGACCAGCUGGAAACUGAGAAGGCUGUCAUGGAGAGACAGCUGCGUGAGCUGCGUCUGGAGGUGGACGAACUUCAGAGCUCCAGAGUUCAGGAGGAUGUCAUCUCCAGGGCCGAGAGCAGAGUCAAAGAGCUGGAGAACUCCCUGAGGACGGAGGACAGGAACAAGGCUGUUCUGACAAACACCGUCAGUAAACUGGAGAGGAGGAUCAACGAGCUGAGUGAUCAGAUGGAGGAGGAGCACAGGCUAGCUACUGAACAGAAAGACCUGAUGACACAGAGGAUCCGCUCACUGAAGCGUCAGCUGAACGAGGCGGAGGAGGAGGCCAGCAGGAAGGAGGCGCAGUACCGUCAUACACAGAGAGAGCUGGCCGAAGAGAGGGAGACGUCCAGCCGGCUGCAGAGACAGCUGCUUGACCAACACCUGCAGACAAAGCGUAAGGAGAAUAUGUCGAUUCGUCAGACUCUGGAUAACCUGAGACUGGACCUUAGCAUCGACGACGAAGACAGUGAUCAGCUGCCACAGGAACAAACAAACAAUGUCACCAAAGUCUAAACCCUCAUUCAUUCACUCAGAGCUAUGUAAUUUGGUACUAACUGUAGCUUAAAUAGAGAUAACAUUUUGAGACUAUAGCUGCAUUUAAUUAGUUGUGCUUUAUUCUCUAUAAUCAGUAACAAAUUACCUGGCAUCUUUCUUGAAGGAUCUUACUUCUUUAUCUCCCUCUCCUGGAGACCUGCAGGAAAUAGAACAUUUUAUUUACAUUAAAAUCAAAACAAAUCAGACACAUACAGUUGACACAUACAGUAAAGGGAAAACCUACUGGUGACAAUGAUGAGGAUUUGAUUGAGGUGCCCUGCAGAUUUUCAUCUGCUGUUGUCGUUGCCACAACAGACCGUUAAAGUCUGUGAGGACCAGCUUUAUACAGGUGUAAGUACAUUUUGAAGUGUGAAUAACUUAGCCUUACGUUUUGAGUGGACACUUUCAGCUGUGACACACUUCAGUUUGAUGAUAUUUAAAAUGGGACUUCAUUUUGGCUCGGUUUUUGAACUUUCAGAAAAGAGAGUGCGACCACAAGGACCGCUGGUUUCUCGCAAAGUUGAAGCAAACUUCUCCAAUUCUGCAGCAUUUGUUUUUGACGGGGCUUUGCUGACAGUGCUUUCAUAAGGAGGGAUUUUUACAUGUUAGAAAGUGUUUAGUUUAACCUGUAUACCAUGUUCUUCUUCAGUAUUUGAACAUAUCCCACACUGGUUGUUGACAUAUUUUGGGGUAAAGACCCACAACAUGGAGGAACUGCAGAGGGGGGGGGGGGUCUGGAUGGGAUUGUAGCUAUUUUUGAUUCACACACAGAAACAAUUAGAUUAUUUAUAUUGAAUACUUUUUUGUGUUUUGUUGUUUUUGUAAUUUGAAGAUUAUUGAAUUUUCUGUAUUUGCAACUGCUUGCAGGGCAACAAAUAAUUUUAGAAAAUGAAAUGAUGUAUAAUUUUUGAGUUCAACUUCAGGUAUUUUAGGGGUUUGCUGCUGUAAUACAGCAAUUCUUACAGAUGGCACAUCUAUAAUCUUAUUGUGGAGGAAGUAAUGUUUUUCAAUGGAAAAAAAAAGCUCACAUACAGAAAUAGGACUGGGUCAUCAAACUGAAAUCAUCACUACUUAAUGGUUUAACUCUCAGACCUUGAUUAUGGCCGGUCCUGUUUUAACAGUCUUCUGCAUGUUCUUUGUUUGGAUCUAUAUCUGUUAGAAAAAACAUAAAAAUUAAUAUUCAGAUACUCUUAUUCUUAUGUUUACACAUGUUGGUGUAUUUUGCUUCUUGGAGCAUAAAUCACAAGUUUUUUUUUUUAAAGAGUUCCAUAAUUUCAGCCGUUGGGAAUAUAAUUACUACACAUGCCACUUUAAAAAAAAAAAAAACUUUUCUCAUAAAAAAAGUGGCAGUGCCUACAGAUAUGUAAAAAGAAAUGAAAUGAGUUGUCUUAUUUUUAUAACUACACUUCACAUUCUACUCUUCUCAGCUAUUUAUUUUAUUUUUCUAUCUAUAUUGUUCUCUCUUUUGGUGAGAAGUUUCUUAGAACAAAAUGCAAAUAAAUUCUUCUCCACUGUGAA